AUGGCUUCUUCAGCUGGGAUCUACAAAAGAAUUCUGUCAUUAUUAGAGAAAUGGCCGGUAGAUCAAAGUAAAGCAGGCGGAAGGGACUUUAAUGAAUAUCUGACCAAUUUCGUAAACACCGCAUACAAAGAAAAUAAAUUCGAAACCAACCACAAAUACUGGGACAACCAAUACUUAGCAUUGCAAAAGUUGAUCAACAACAAUCACAAAAACAAGUAUCGAAGGUCGUUAAACACCUCCGCCACAGGACUGUCCGCAGAAGAAUGUAAUUUGGUGCUCUCCAACAAGAGUUUAGAGGAAUUAAACGUACAAAAGAAAUCAUUUUUCCAAAGUUUAAUAUCGUUAAAAUAA